CCACACAGUAAACGCAUCGCCUCAGUUUGACGGUCACUCAGUCCUGUAGUUUGAUCCGAGGAGUUUAAAGAACAGAACCACCCUCUCUUCACAACAUGAAGACGGCCUGGGCCUUUCUGUUGCUGCUGGCUGGUGCUGUGGGUCAAAGUGUGAAAUAUUCACUUCCUGUUUGUGCUGUGAGAGGCUCGACUGUCACCCUCCCCUGCACCUUCACACCAAUUAAGGAGAUCAUCAGAGUCGUCUGGUGCCAGAAUCAUCUGAUUUGUCAUGGAUCCACUCCGUCUGUGUACGACAGUGAUUCAAAGACCAACAAACCCCCCGACCCUCGCUACAGAUACCUGGGAGACAAGACGGGAAACUGCACUUUACAGAUCAGUAAUCUACAGGAGAGAGACAAGGCAACGUUUCGCUUCAGAAUGGAGGCUAAAGAAGCAGCAGGACAUCAUACUGGACAAAGUGGAGUGAAUGUCACAGUUGUUGACGGUUCUCCGAUGAGAAUAACGAGCUCCAGUGAGAGAGAGGUGAGAGAGGGUCAGAACGUCACACUGCUCUGCACCUCAACCUGCACCUUCCACCAGCUGCAGGUCACCUGGUUCAGAGGUGACCACCUCCUCCCAGGGUCUGGCCCCGCCCUCAGGUUCAGCCCUCUGACCGCAGAGGAUUCUGGGAACUACACCUGUGGUUUGAAGGCCAACUGGGGGACACGCUCGGUGGCGUACGUGCUGCAGGUGGAGGCUGCAGACGGAGGACCCACACUGGACUACCUGACGAUUGUCCGUCUGCUGCUGGUCACUGCACUCACGGUGCUCAUCAUCAUAGUGGCGUCCAUCGUCAUCAAAAGGACGUGUGUUUGCAGGAGGGCAGAGCAGCAGAGAGACGAGUGAUGAUGCAGCCUCCAGACGUCAGGAGGAGCCCUGAUGCCCCGAGGAACGAGGCCGGACUGUCUGACAUCACUGAUAUCAUCUCUAAUAUAUCUGCUCUAAAGCUGAUUGGUGGUGACUGUUUCCUGUAUUGAGCUGAUGUGAUGUACCAGACAUCAAACAUAUGUUCAGUUUGUUGUGUGUGUCAGCAGCUGGUGACUGAAUAUUGUAAUUCAGUCAAAUGUUUUCUGUUUCACUUCAGUUAGUAGAAAUACUAUGAAUUCUUGGAUCUGAAUGUUUAC